AUAGUCAAAAGGGGUCAUUGCAGUCUGCAGGACAGGGCAGGAACGGAGGAGACGCCGCCGGCUGGCAGCAGCACCGACGCGCACCAUGCCUACCUCCUCCUCCGUCAACCCGGAACAUGGCGUCGUCACCGCGGCCGAACUCCUCUCCGCCUACGCCGCCGUGCCGUCGAGGGCCACGGGCGCCGAGGGCUUCGCCUCGUCCCUGCGCACCCAGGACGAGGUCGACGCGCUCUGCGAGAAGUACGGCGUAUCCAAGGAAUUCACCGCGCGCCCCGCAGGCGACCUGCGCGCGAACUCGACGCCGCCGCCGGGGGCCAUCUGCGUGUACGCGAGGGCGCUCAAGGCCGGGAUGCGCGUCCCGCUGCACCGCUUCUUCCGCGAGGUGCUCGCCCACUUCGGCAUCGCGCCGGCGCAGCUCUCGCCCAACGGGUGGCGCGCCAUGGCGGGCUUCCACGCGCUCUGCGACUCCGCUGGGGUGCCGCCGUCGCUCGCGGUGUUCCGGCGUUUCUUCGUGAUGUGCAGUCUCUGCCAGGAGCACGAAAAAGGCUGGUACUCAUUCCGGCCCAGGCGGGACAGCUCCGGCUUGUGCUUCAGGGGUUUGCCGAAGCCGGAUGCCAACUCCAUCAAGUGGAAACACGAGUUCUUCUUCCUCUCGUCGCCGGAGCCGUGGUCCUGCGCCGUGGAGUGGCGCGAGCGGUCCAACCGCUCCUCCUGCAACCCGGUGCUCACCGUUGAGGAAAGCCAGUCGAUGCUGAAGCUGCUAAGUGCUCAUGGUGGCGCCGCUGUUGAUCUCAGGAACCUGCUCCCUCCUACGUGCUCAAGGCCCCGCAGCCGCCUUACUGCCGCAUCCCCGCCGCCGCCGCCUUCCUCAACUCGUACGGAUCCCUCCGUCCAUGACACAAGCGGGGAGCAGGGGGAGAAGACGGCCGCGCAAGCGUCGGCGUCGGCGUCGGCGAAGAAGAGGACUUGGGAGGAAGCCGACGGCGGGGAGGAGGUUUCGCCUCUUUCAGUGUUGUCCAGCGUGCGCUCGCCACCGCCACAGCAUUUCCCCUGCAGGCACGACGGAGACACCACGAAGGCUGCACGGGAGCUGAUGCACCUGCAGGAGCGCGCGUUUGCGGCGAACGAGCCUUCCGACGGCGCAGCGAUUCGGCAGGUAUUGCCAGCAAAUGCCAUGGGAAAUCGUUCGAUCGGUAGGUGCUUGUCGGGAGUCCUCGAUCAUCUUGUUUGUGUUCAGGCCUGGGAGCGCGAAGCCGCGGCGCUGCGGGAGCAGCUGGAGGGGGCGAAGAACGAGCUCGCCGCGAAGGUGGCGGAGCUGGGGGAGACCAAAGCAGAGCUCGCCGCAGCGAAGCAAGCAGCGGAGGCGGAGGUGGUGAAGACGAAGGCCCAGCUCGCCGCGUCUCUGACGGAUGUGGUGAAGACGAAGGCCGAGCUCGCCGCCGCCAAGCGAGAGGCAGAGGCGGAGGCGGUGAAGAUGAAGGCCGAACUCGCCGCGGCCGUGGCAGAGGCGGUGAAGACGAAGGCCGAGAUGGCCGCCUCGAAGCGUGCCACGGAGACAGAGACGGCUAAGGCGAACGCCGAACUCGCCGCGGCGAACCGGGCCGUGGAGGCGGAGCUGGUGAAGGCGAAGGCCAAGCUCGCCGCGGCGGAGGCGGAGCUGGUGAAGGCCAAGGCCAAGCUCGCCGCGGCGGAGGCGGAGCUGGAGAGCGCCAAGGCGGCGGCGGCGGUGCAGGAGCUUCUGGCCUCCGAAGAGAACGCCCGGCGGCGCGCGGAGCUCGCGCUGGAGGGGUACCAGCGCUGGCGAGGCCGUCACGCUCCGGCUGGUCGUGCCGCUUGAGUAGCUCGCUGAUCGUUUUCCUCCUCGAUGCAAUCGAGUAACGCAGAACGAUUCAAUCCGGGAGAUCACCAAAUUUUGUAGCUGCAGUUUCGUCAGAUACACAAUGCAGCAGCCAUUGCUAUGUGGCUUUCUUGUUCCAUGCUCAGCAGACAAUCGAGCACCGUGGGCAAAUGAAACAGAAAUAUUUUGCUUGAUGUGUGUUCAGCAGAGAGUGGAUUUUUGGAGCCCGGGUGCAAUGGAGGACCUUAUUUUAAAUAGUUUGAAAGUCACAUUUAAGGGUUUAGAAAAAUCUAAAAAGAAUUCCACAUGAACAUAUGGAU